AUGGCCGAGGCAGACUCGUACGCGACCGAGGGCCUCCCGCCGGCGCCGUCGGUGUCGAUGACAACAAUGGCGAUGGCGGGCCUCCUCGUCGACGCCUACGGACUCGACGAGCUGCCCUCCGACGCCGUCGUCCCCGUGACGUGCCUCUGGCUGCUUCAUCCGCGGACGCGGACGCGGGCGCGCAUGGGCGACGUUGCGCGCCGUGUGGUGCAUGCCUGGAUCGAGCAGCGGGGGCGGCGUGGGCAGGAGAGGAAAAGAGGCCUCGUCGCGCUCGCAUUCGACAUGCCCAACCAUGGCAGCAGGCUUGUGAGCUCGCUCGCAAAUCAGGCGUGGGGCGGUGGCAACGACAGGCACGCCAUCGACCUCGCCGGCAUGGUCCUCGGCGCCCGGAGGGACAUGAGCACGCUGAUGGACCUCGUCGGCGGCUACCUCGAGAGGCCUGUUGACGGUCACGUCGCCCUCGGCUGGAGCCUAGGCGGGCACGCGGCGUGGCAGGGCAUCCUGGGCGAGGACAGGCUGGACGCCGCCGUCGUCGUCGUGGGGUGUCCGGACUUGCUGGGCCUCAUGACCAGCCGUGCGCAAGGGGCAAACCUCGAGGUGGGGACGGGAGGGACCCUUCUCGGCAGCCGCUUCUUCCCAGAGAGCCUCGUGAGGACACUGUCCAGACAUGACCCGCGGGCCAUACUCUUUGGCGUCGGCGCAGACAGGCUGUCGUCGCCGCCGCUCGCCGCCACGGAGCGGGCGCGCCUACGCGGCGUCCUGGACCGUUGCUUGCGGGGGAAGAAGGUGCUGCUGUGUUCGGGUGGCGAGGAUAGGCUGGUGCCGCAUGCGCACUCGCGACCGGUCGUCGCCCUGCUCGAGGACGCCGUCGGCGCCGACGGGUGGUACGCCGAUGGGGGGGUCGAGCUGGACGACCGCGUAUACGAGGGCGUCGGGCACCAGUUCAGCGCCGAUAUGGUACAGGAUGCCGUUCAGUUUUUGGUUCGUGUCGUGGCCAAAGGUCCGAGACAACUGUCGGCCAUGGAUGAAAUACCCGAGUUGAUGUAG